AGAAGAAGAAGAAGAAGAAGAAGAAGAAGAAGAAGAAGAAGAAGAAGAAGAAGAAGAAGAAGAAGAAGAAGACGAAGAAGAAGAAGAAGAAGAAGAAGAAGAAGAAGAAGAAGAAGAAGCAGACACACACAGCCCCAUUUGGAAAUUGAUGGCUCAUUGGCUAGGAGUUUGCCCUGCAAUUGGUGGGUUGCAGGUUUGAACUUGGGCUCUGUCUGUAUCAGUUGUGUCCUUGGGCAAGGCACACCCACCUUACCUGGUGCUGGUGGUGGUCAGAGGGAUUGGUGGUGCCCGUAAGCCUCGCUUCUGUCAGUAUGCUCCAGGGCAGCUGUGACUACAUUGUAGUUCAGCACCAUCAGUGUGUGAAUGGUUGAACGACUGUCUGCUGUGUAAAGCACUUUGGAGUUCUCUGGCCUAUAAAAGUGUUUUACAAAUGCAAGCCCUUUACAUGACCAUCAAAGAACAUGAUCCAUUUUUACUCCAAGAUGAAACAUUGAGAACAGUAAGUGCAUCAAAGUCAACAAAUGGGACAGCAUGCCUGAAGGCAGGAACAAUAAAGGUGGCAGUAUCACGCCGCCUGACGGCGCUGCCGCCGAGCUGAGCAGGAGAAUAGGAGAAGAAGACUGUGGGAACCCCCAGUUGGAGGAUCAUCGUUGAAGAGCCAUGGGUUCAUCAGAGUCUUGCUGACUUUCUCUGGUGAUUGGCUCCUUAAGCCAUCUCAACAUGCAAGGAUUCUACUCCAAACUGGACUCCUCCUCAUCCUCGUCGCCCCUGUUGGGGAUGGGCGUUGGGGGGGAAGGCGCCCGUGUUCCUCUCAGCCUGGCCGUGGAGGCUGAGAAAGCUCAGGCCCUCCUGCAGACGUUCAGCUCAGCCUCCUUGUUGGCGUCGGCGGGACUCGGGAUGUUCUGUGUGGUGGCGGACCACGUCCUCCAGCUGUCCGCCGUCCAGCACCACCUGUGGCUGCGUGCCGCUUUAGACAAUGCUACGCAUGGGUUGGUGGGGCUGUGGUCGUGGGCGGUUGUGAUUGGACUGAGGAAAAGGAGUGAUUUAUAUGAAGUGCUGCUGGCUGGACUUCUGGCAUCACUCAUAGACCUUGACCACUUCUACAUGGCUGGAUCACUCUCACUUAAGGCUGCUGUCUCACUGCCUCAGCGUCCCCCCCUCCACUGUUCCUCUCUUAUCCCCGUCAUCUGCCUCACCCUUCGCUUCCUUAUGUGGAUGGGCCGCCUCAAAGACGCCUGGUGCUCCUUGCCGUGGAUGCUUUUCAUUUCCAUGACAACGCAUCACAUCCGGGACGCCGUGCGCCACGGCUUGUGGCUAUGCCCAUUUGGCAACACAGCGCCCAUUCCCUACUGGCUGUAUGUGAGCACCACGACCACGCUUCCUCAUCUGUGCUCGGUGCUCAUGUACUUGACAGGAACCAGGGAUGUCAUCUCCACUAAACACGGAGUAGCGAUCGAUGUUUAGACGACACCAACUCACACAGGAUGUUCAAUGUGGGAUUAAAAACCUUUAAAUACUUGAAAUGAUCAAAAAGAAAGGGGGGGGGGGGGUAUUUGGGUGGAAAAAAGUAACUAAAGUACAGCAAAUAUUUACAGUGUAAUGGAAAACAUGGCCUUGGUGACGUGUGAAGGAAGGGAACACUCCAAAAGGAGUGCUAAUCGUGUAUUUGGAUGAAAUGUCUGUUUGUGGGUGUUUGUGCACUGCUGCUAACGUUGGAGUGGUAGUGUCUCUGAAUCCUUAAGCGGAGGUCUUGUUUCUGCUUCUUUCUAGUUGCGAAAAAUGCCAGCUUCAUGUGAGUAAUCCUUUACAGGAGAUUAAGGUUUCCUCAUCCCACAAACACUCAAGGAAAAGCCAACCAAAGGUCGACCACAGGCUGUAUAGAUCCGACACACACACUGUCCCCUCUUCUCCUGCUUCACUGUGUCUGUCCGUGUGGCAUCAGUGGAGCAUUUUUCAGUGAAAUUCACACAACUUCAUAAUCACCCCAGGACACUUGAGCAGACUCUUAUCGUGCUGCAGCCUUACUGUCUAAUAAGUACCAAGUUCUCCUAAUGAAGCCAUUCUCUUUGCUUAUCAGAGUCCUCGUUGCCAACUGCGUCAGACGCUAGUGUUUCUCGCUUGCUUGUGAAAUUUCAACGUGCGGUGGUGUUGGAAGAGGCUUGAGGUGUGUAUGAGCAGAUGGUUUCUAUGAGUAACCUCGUGUUCAGAGCAGAAGAUGAAGUAUGUCAGGUACUUUAUUUUUGCUUUAGCUGAUGUUUUGUAAGUGGUUUCUUAAACAGUAAGAAUAUCUUUGCAUCUCAUUUUUUUUUCUGUGGAAGUAACUUCUAUAAAUAGCUGUAUAUAGUUCCAGUCAUUGUUAUUCCAUUUUCCCCACUGACAUGUUCAGAUUGGGUUUUUCUGUAAUAGAAACAGAAUUUCAAGGAUUUGUCUCGUAGAAGUCCGUUAGAUCCACAGACCCUAUGAUACACUACAUUUAGAAGUAGAGUGAUAGAUGUAGGCAAACACCGUCCUGACGACACUUCUAAUAAUCACUUUAUUAUCAUGUGAUGGAAUUUAAAAAUGUGGUGUUUGAAUGUAAAGAACAUGAUGUUUAGCUAAAAGGGUUGAUACGUUUCUGGUGUGUUAACUAGACAAGUUCUGGUCAGAAUUGCCACCACUUGCUGUAGUUUCCUUGUCAUCCACUAGACGGCAGCUAGAGUUCACUUUUAUUUAUUUAGAUUUAAUCAGACAAAAGGCAUUUGCACAGUUUUUAGAAAUUUCCUACACCCCCCCCCCAAAAUAUUAAAAUCAUUUCCUUUUUCUUAUACAUGCAUUUGUAUGAUCUCCCUUGUAUCUGUACAAAGACACAAAGAUUUGUGUAACACUGGAAUUUUUGCUAAGACGCUCUUUUAAGACAGACAUCAAAAACAGAGUGAAGCUUUAGUCACAAUUACAACUUUCCACCUGCUGGAGUCGUUUGUCCUGGUGGUUGGGACCUUUGUGACACAUCAUCCUAAUUUCAGUCACUUCCAGUGAAAAUCUCUUAACUGUGGAGUUAAUUUAUUUUGUGAUCCUUAUUAUUGCAAUAUUAUGUAGACUUUUGCACUUUUGAGUUUUUAAUAUAUGAAAUAGUUUUUUGUUAAAGAUGACUUGUUUUCAGUAAUGAGACGUACACAUAGAGUUAUAAUGUAGUGUUUGAUCUCAAUAAACAUAUCCUGUAUAAAUA